AUGAACAGCUCUCACCGUGCUUCCCCCCCGUGCAGGGCUCCCACCAAAGCAAAGCCUAAAGGACUUACUCAUCUUUGCCCCUCCCCCUUCUACCAAACUCCCGCCUCUUUCUUCUCCCUACAACGUCACCAACACAAAUACCCGCAACUCUCAAAGACUUUGCACUUCGCAAAUCGUCGCAAGACAUAUCCAUCGCUCGUCUUCCACCCUUCGGUCGCUGAACACAUCCUCAACCCUUUCACAAAACCCAUUUCCCAAGGUCACCCCAGUACCUCCGAGUUUAUGUCCAUCGAAAAUCUCAAGACCUACGACCCCUUCGCCGAAGCCGACGAGGACACCGGAGAAACCAAGCAGACGCAGAAUUACAUCCAUAUACGCAUUCAGCAGCGUAAUGGACGUAAGACUUUGACCACUGUUCAGGGUCUCCCCAAGAAGUUUGACCAGAAGAAGAUUCUCAAGGUCAUCAAGAAGAAGUUUGCCUGCAAUGGCACCAUUGUCAACGACUCCGAGAUGGGAGAGGUGAUCCAGCUCCAGGGUGAUCAGCGCAAAGAUGUUCAGGAAUUUCUUGUUGACAAGAAGGAAGGCCUGGAGCUAGAUGCCAAGACCAUUAAGGUCCACGGUUUCUAA